CUAUAUGUACACAACUUCCCCACUUUUCAAAUCCCACAUACAAUACAAUCCCCACUACACCUCCAACUCGAAAAUCUCUUUGUUGAAAACUCUUCAACAAAAACCUCAUUCGAAAAAUCUACAAAACUUGUAGAAUUAAGGUCUUGGUCAUAGCUUUCUCCCUUCUCUAUAAUGGCACAACAACAAAAGCAUUUACAUGAGCUUCUAAAAGAAGAUCAAGAACCAUUUCAACUUAAACAUUACAUUGCUGAUAGACGUCUUCAGCUCAAGAAACUCGAUAACAAAAUCCCUUCCAAAUAUUCAUUACAACCAUUGAAAAAACAAAAACCAAACAACAACAAUACUACAUCAUUAUGCAAACACGCUUGUUUUUUCUCGUUUCAAGAUUCACCAAGCCCGGCCCGAAAAGCCUUCCUCCCCUCCCCCUCUCCGGGCCUAGCAGCAGCAUCAAAAAGCCCGGCCCGAAAAGUAUUUCGGGCCGGGCCUCUGCUGCUGGAAGCCGCAAUGCGGAUUCAGAAAAACCCGAAGAAAACCCAGUCGGGGUUCGGUUUAUUCGGGUCGAUUUUGAAGAAAAUCAAGAGCAGUAAUAGUGGCAAGAAACGUGAAAUUAUUAAACAUGAAGUUUUCGUGGGAAGACGUGAAGAAGUUUGUGAUGAACACUUGAGAAGUGGGUCUUGUACUUCUUGUAAUAAUAGUAGGCUCAGUAGUGCUGGUUGGUCAGAAAGUAAUGAAGAAGAAAAAUCCAUAGAUUUUGAGACUUCAAGUAGUUGUUUGUCUGAUAAUGAGGAAAUUGAGGAGCUUGUUAGUGGUGAUUUUGACAAAUAUCUUUCAAGUCCUUUAAGCCCAUUUAGAUUUUCUCUUCAGAAAUGUCCAUCGUUGACGGGUUGCCGGACGCCAGAUUUUGCAUCGCCGGUAGCAUCUCCAGUUCACCAUAAGGAGGACAAAGACAAAAACUAUGAAGGUUUGGCAAAUGUUGAACAAGAAGAAGAUGAGAAAGAACAAUGCAGCCCGGUUUCUGUCUUGGAUCCUCCGUUUGAUGAUGAUGGACAUGAAGGCGAAUAUGAGUAUGAGGAUGAGGAUGAGGAAGACGAUGAUUGUGGUAGUGAAUGCAACUAUGCACUUGUACAGAGAGCACAGCAACAGCUUUUGUACAAGCUUCGUAGGUUCGAAAAACUAGCAGAGUUGGAUCCUAUUGAACUCGAGAAACUGAUGCUCGAAGAAGAAGAAGAAGAAGGCGACGAUGAUGAUGAUGAUUCGGUGUUAUCAUACAGAGACCGGGAUUAUGACACGUUUGCAAGCGAAGUGACAAUCCCUUUCGACAUGAAAAGGCUAGUCUCGGACUUGAUAUCCGAGGAGAAGACCGAGACUAACAGCUUGAACAAUAGGGAAGAAGUAGUCUAUGGAAGAGUAUGCAAGAGGUUAGAGUCAUGGCAACAUGUAAGAUCAGACACUAUCGACAUGAUGGUCGAAUCAGCUUUGAAAACCGAGUUUGAUGACUGGAAAAAAUUUCAAGCACAAAGGGAAGAAACUGCAAUGGAAGUUGAAGUUUCAAUCUUUAGGUUAUUAGUAGAAGAAUUAGCUGAGGAGAUGGUCCAUUUUGCAGGACAUCCUGGAAAUUUCAACAAAGUUUUUGCCUGAUAUCAAAAUCUUGGUAGGAAGCGCUUCUCUGCGAAUCCAGAUAAGUUGGGGCACCAAUACGGAUACCGAACGCCGAGUGGGAAACCAUAAAAAACACAUAGAGAUCUCCUCUGUACUUAUAUCUACUUAAUUAAAUCUUUAAUUGGAGAAUCAUAGUCUAACUUUGUACUAUGACUUAGGCUAUAGUUUGUAGUGCAACCCAAAGAGUUUUUUGGGGUGUUAGACAAUAGUAUUAGUAGUACUUAAUAGUAGAGUUACUUAUCAUGUACAUGUGAGGGGAAGGUAAAUUCUAUCUUACUUCAUGAGACAAAAAAGUACAGCCCUCAAUUUUCUUACUAGAGGAAAUAAUUUGUGUCAAGCUAGCCUUUGUUUCUUUA